CCGGACUAUGUGGACUCGCUUGGACUAAAGCAUGACUCGUGUGACACUCGCUAGUCGCUAGGCCAACACAGUCCCCAGUCCCCAAACUGCACAAACCCUCGAUCCCUUCGCCGGAGGCCGGUGGCCAGCCGACGAUGGCGCCUCCGGUUCAGCCGGUCCUCCCCCGCCUCGAAGCCACGGUGGCGCCGCCGACGAGGCAGCCGCCGCCCCUCGCUGACGAGAUCCUGGAGGAGAUCUUCCUCCGGAUCGCCUCCCCCGCCGAUCUCGCCCGCGCCUCCGCCGCCUGCGUCUCCUUCCGCCGCCUCAUCGCCGACCCGUCCUUCCUCCGCCGGUACCGCUCCAUCCACCGCCCGCUCCUCCUCGGCAUCCUCUGCGAUGGGUUCCAGCCCGCCGAGGCGCCCCACCCCAACGCCCCUGCUGCCCGCGCUCUCGCCUGCGCCGAUGGCUUCAUCUUCGACUACCUCCCUGGCAGAUGGCAACACUGCGACGUCUGCGAUGGCCGCGUCCUCCUCCAGUGCAUCCCUGACGACGAGAAGGACGGCGUCUACUUCCCGGACCUCGCCGUGUGCGACCCCUUGUCCAGGCGAUACCUGCUGCUGCCUCCCAUACCGGACGACUUAGUAGCCUCUGCCCAAGUACAGGAACAUAAGAUCCGAUUCUUCGACGCCUUCCUUGUCCCAUCUGGACACGAGGAGGAGGCAUCAUUCAAAGUGAUUGGCAGGACGCAUUGCACGGAAAAGUUGGUGGUAUUUAUCUUCUCGUCGGGCUCUAGCCGCUGGAGUGUCGGUACAUCUACCAGUUGGGUCGAUCUAAGCUUGAAUACACCACCAGGCAUCAUUCUGGGUUGGCCCCAUUAUGAGUAUGGCUGCUUCUACUGGAAAGUGAACUGGAGGAACAGGUUGCUCAAGCUUGACAUCAACAGGAUGGAGUUCUCCACUGUGGACCUUCCCCCUGACCACGAUGAGCGGGAUGUUGUCAUUGUGGAGGCAGGGGAAGGCAGGCUUGCGAUGCUUAGUCUCAUUAGGAAUGGCACAGCUGUGGAUUAUUACACCAUUAUGCAAAAUGAGGGCGAGAGGGUCAAUGAGUGGCUGGUGGAGAAUGUAAUCCCAUUGCCCUGCCGUUGUAACUUCGUUGGUGCAUCUGAAGGAUACAUUUUCCUUCUAGGUGUUCAAAAAACCCAAGACACGGUGGAUGCAGUGUGUUUCUCACUUGAGAUUAAGACCUUGAAGAUUGAGAGGCUCAGUUCAAUUAAGUACCUUUAUGUUCAUGUCCACUCGUACUUUGGGUUCCCGCCAUUCAUGUCACCGAGAAGGAUAUGAACUGAAAGUUGGCUUGAUGGGUUUAUGUGGCAUAAACAGCUUGGCUGAAGACGCUUUGGUUCUAAUGGGUUUUGAUCUGUUGCUUCUCUUGCAUGUGCCUGGAGCCCGAUGUUGUUCUUGUUCUUAGUGCAGCUAUUUUCAAUGCAUUACUUUUGUGCGUGCUGCCAGAAUUUGGUAUUGUGACAACUGUCCCUAUGUGCUAGAGUGGGAAUUAUUUAUGAGCCAAUCACAAUAGCAAUAGCUUGUGCUCUUCUUUAUGAUUAUCGUUUUUCUUGGGAUAACUAAAAAGACAAGCACAGUAGCUAGAUUAGGAAAAUUAUUUGUGAUUUAAUUCCAUCAUCUUACCUUGUCAUUUCAUGGUCGUGAAGUAGCUUUUUCUUUGUGUUCAAACGGAUCAGGAUCAACUGAAUUACUUGACCUUUGGGGAAAGAGACAGGGUACUUACUCCAAAUUGAUGCUAGUACAAUGGUUUGGUUUGUAAUUGCUUGCCUCUUAGUUCUUUUAGGAAACAUUUUCCUCCAAAUACCCCUGUACAUUUUUUUUGGUUGUAAAGAAUACAAUUAUACAACAUUUAUUCAUUCCAUGUUUACGCGCAUAGAAUUAAAACGACAAGUAAAUUGGACUGGAGAGAUUGUCGUCCUUCAUAACUGCAAAUCAAUGAUGUUAAUGUGUCUCUAAUACUUACUUAAAAAAUGGCUACAUGUCUUGUAAAAAUAUUAGUGUUAACGCCCUUUAGUUUGGAGUCAAGACUACUUUUGAGCAACUGGGCAAUUAUGUUUUGCCACUGAAACUGUGGAAAGUAAAAGUUUAUACUGCAUCUGCAAUCGUACUUUCUAACUACAUCCAG